GGGUCCAUGUCAUUACCCCUAGAGCUUCUUAUUGAGAUCGUGAAAUUGGCAUUGGUAGAUGAAUCGGGGGAUCAGUUUGGUAGAAUCGGUCACGAUGCCGCGUGGAAGAUGCCGAGACCAAACGCGCUCGACAAGUUGUUAGCCCAAGACUCGAGAAUCGACGAUAAGAUUGCGACUACGUUUUCCGUUCCCAAUGUAAUGGAUACGCGGCUUUUCAUGGAUCCAUCUACUGGCUUCAACGAGCAAGUAGGAACGGCAAGCGUAAAUGCGCCGAAGUUUUACGCUGCCGCAAAAUCAAUGAGACUGUACGUGGUGGUCAUCCCCGCCUUAUACAAAGAUGUCAACCUCCUCGUGAAUGUAAAAGACGUUUCUAGACUCGACAUGACAUUGAAUCAGCAUUUCCUCCCUCGUGUCCGCUAUAUACAAUCACUUUACCUAUGGGGGAACACCAACGGACCGGAUGUGUUGGAGGAAUGUAACGUGAAAUUUCUAAGAGAAUGUACUAGCCUUGUUUCGCUAGGACUAUAUCGCUACCCGAUCAAUUCCACGUAUGUGUCGAGUGAACUCGUUGAAACGGUACUCUACUUAAUGAACAGGGGGAAACUGGCAUGUCUAGGCUUUUAUUCUCCAGAAAUCGUCAAAGGAGGCAACACUUUUCAUAAUUACUGGACAGUGCCGCAUAUACUUGUGGCCAUUUCGAAGUCUGAAACGGCGUCUUCCCGUCUCAAGAGUUUGGAUUUCGCCGUUUGGUUGAUGCCAAACAUACGAGUGGACUGGAUUCAAUCUAAAUUCCCCAAAUUAGAAUCACUCGCGAUCCGAUGCUCAGCCCCUGCUACGAGACCAAUGGACCAAUGGAAACCUUCUGCGGUUUUGACAAGGUUGCAACUGAACAAUUGUAACCCUAUCACCCCAUUAGACAUACCUGACCUCAUCUUAUUGUUUCCUGCAUUGUGUGAGCUGACGGUGAUUGAUCUUUGUCCAAGUCUGGACCGCCAACCCUUUCACGAACGAUAUCCGGACGGCUGGCACCUCCUUCCUAAUGCCCUUUGCAAUACUCAUCAACGACUCGACUGGAUCUAUUGUGAUCACUUGAAUGCAAACGAGAUUCAAUUCAUGGGUGUGAUACCGACAAGAAUAUUGAUUAUCAUUGCGACCGAAGUGACGGAGAUUGCCCGGGCAUUGGAACCGGACCCACAUAUUUUCCCUGGACUAGAAGUUCUUCGGUGGGACAUGUCGAUUGAAUAUGGGACGGCAAUUGCCAACGAUACUCUCGCCACCGACGCCCUGGAAAGGUGGUGCGCAGCCCGAAAUAUUGAAGCAAUCGAAGGGGUCAAAGGAGCUUAUGGUUCUUGUUCUUCUG